GUGAAGGAAAGUAAAUGGCUCAUCAAAUGCUUCUUGAAUUACUUGCGGCACGACAAAGCAGAAUUAAAUGUCCUAUUUGAUAUCCUGUCCAUCUUUUUGUUUCAUAGUCGCAUUGAUUAUACCUUUUUGAAGGAGUUUUAUAUCAUUGAGGUUGCCGAAGGCUAUCCACCCAGCAUGAAGAGAGCACUUCUCUUGCAUUUUUUAAACCUUUUUCAAUCAAAACAACUUGGCCAUGAUCAUUUGGUUGUGGUUAUGCAAAUGCUAAUUCUUCCAAUGCUUGCUCAUGCCUUCCAGAAUGGCCAAAGUUGGGAGGUAGUAGACCCUAAUAUUAUAAAAACAAUUGUGGAGAAGCUACUUGAUCCUCCAGAAGAGGUUUCUGCUGAAUAUGAUGAGCCUUUAAGGAUAGAACUUUUGCAACUAGCAACUUUGCUUCUGAAGUAUCUGCAAAAUGAUCUUGUUCAUCAUAGGAAAAGAGCUAAUCAAAUUUGGAUGGAAUCAUCUUAAACGUGAGGAUAGUGCCAGUAAACAGUGGGCAUUUGUCAAUGUUUGCCACUUCUUGGGAUGCUUACCAGGCCCCAGAAAAGAUAAUUCUUCAGGUUUUUGUUGCACUUCUUAGAACUUGCCAGCCAGAGAAUAAAAUGUUGGUCAAACAAGCACUGGAUAUACUAAUGCCAGCAUUGCCAAAAAGGCUUCCUCUCGGAGAUUCGCGUAUGCCAAUUUGGAUAAGAUACACCAAGAAAAUUUUGGUUGAGGAAGGCCACUCAAUUCCUAAUUUGAUUCACAUUUUCCAGCUCAUUGUUCGGCAUUCAGAUCUGUUCUAUAGUUGCAGAGCGCAAUUUGUGCCUCAAAUGGUGAAUUCUCUCAGUCGGCUUGGUUUGCCAUAUAAUACAACGGCAGAAAAUAGGCGUCUUGCUAUUGAACUUGCUGGAUUGGUGGUCAGUUGGGAAAGACAAAGGCAAAAUGAAAUGAAAAUAGUAACUGAUGGUGAUGGCCCCACACAGAUUACUGAUGGGCUUAACCCUAGCUCUGCUGGUGCUGAUCCUAAACGUCCACUGGAUGGAUCUUCAUUCCCUGAGGACCCGAGCAAGCGAGUUAAAGUUGAACCUGGUCUUCAAUCCCUCUGUGUUAUGUCACCUGGUGGUGCCUCAUCAAUCCCUAAUAUAGAAACCCCUGGAUCUGCUGGCCAACCUGAUGAAGAAUUUAAACCAAACGCUGCUAUGGAAGAAAUGAUCAUCAAUUUUCUUAUAAGGGUUUCCUUGGUUAUUGAACUAAGGACAAGGAAGCAAGUACUAUGUACAAACAAGGACUAGAGCUGCUUUCACAAGCUUUGGAGGUUUGGCCAACUGCUAAUGUCAAGUUCAACUAUCUAGAAAAGCUUCUAAGCAGCAUCCAGCCAUCUCAGUCUAAGGACCCGUCCACAGCUCUUGCACAAGGUUUGGACGUGAUGAACAAGGUUUUAGAGAAGCAGCCGCAUUUGUUCAUUAGGAACAACAUUGCCCAGAUUUCCCAGAUUCUUGAACCUUGUUUCAAGUAUAAAAUGCUAGAUGCUGGAAAAUCAUUGUGCUCCUUGUUGAAGAUGGUUUUCAUGGCUUUUCCUCUAGAUGCAGCUAGUACUCCUCCAGAUAUAAAACUAUUGUAUCAGAAGGUUGAUGAGCUAAUACAGAAGCACAUCAAUAGUGUUACAGCUCCACAAACAUCGGGUGAUGAUAACUCUUCUAACUCACUUGGCUUUGUGCUUCUAGUCAUCAAAACCUUGACUGAGGUGCAGAAGAGUUUCAUUGAUCCUUACAUUUUGGUUAGGAUCCUUCAACGCCUGGCACGGGAUAUGGGAUCAUCGGCAGGCUCUCAUUUGAGA